AUGGCAAAGCCAGUGAAAACGCCACGAAGGGUGGAAAGGUUGAUGGCACCGGGCAGCGAGGUGCGGUUUGUCCAUAAGCGCAUGGGGCUGGUGCCGGGCUGGGGAGGAGCCGCCCGCCUGGUGGCCAUCGUGGGCCACGGGGCCGCCCUCCGGCUGCUGAGCGGGGCCACCAGGGUGGACCCUGAGAUGGCCCGGCGCCUUGGGCUCUCGGAGGAGACCUUGGAGUCCUCGGAUGGAAGCAGAGCGCUGGAAGAGGCCCGCGCCUGGCUGGGCCGGCACACGGAGGGCCCGGCCAGCGUGGUGCGGGCCGUGAAGGAGGUGGUGGCCGCGGGCAGGGAGCUGCCGCUGGAGACCGCCCUGAGGACAGAGAAAGACAUUUUUGGAAGGGUGUGGGGUGGCCCUGCCAAUCUGGAGGCAUUGGCGAGGAGAGCAAAGCAUAAGUGACAGUCAGUGUGUAAGUUCUUGGCCUUUCUGCGGCCAAAGCUGUGGCUGAACCUGCCAUUAAAGGGAGUCAUUUCAGGA